AUGAAGCAGGUUUUCCUCUUUCCUCCGUCCUACUACUACCAACCAAAACAAGACAAAACAAGCAAAGAAAGGGCUGUUCCGUCAUUUUGUUUUCCGGCGCUUCUCAAUAACUUCUCAAGAAGGGACAAAUGGACUACAAAGGGAAUUUUCACCAAAGAAAAUAAGUCACGAAAAUGUGUAACNAACUCGCCGGAUGAAAAGUCAGUCUCCGGCAAGGAUUCCGACCGAGAUAACCAAUCCUUCAACGAAUCCAUUUCGACGCAGAAUAGAGAUACUGGAGUAAAACUUGAACCGGAAACGGUUCAGACCGGUGAUGUUACACCGGAUCCGGGUUCGGAUCCAAAGCGAGCCGGUGAGGACUCGUGUAACGAUAGUUCGACGUGGAGACCGGGCCAAGAGAAGAAAGUUGAUGGUGACUCGGUGGCUGAGUCGAAGGAAGGGACGAAAGAGAGUAGUGACGUGCAGAGCUCGGCGAGUUUGACGAGGAAGGGGAGGCGGAAAGGGGAGAGGGACGGCGGUCGUGGCGGAGAUGAGACGGUAGUGGUGGCGGGAGAGACCACCAUGAAAAGAGAAACUUUGGUUAAAUCAGAGCCGUUCGUUUGGGUUUUAGAUAUUAUCAGGUCGCACAAACACGGCUCGAUCUUCGAACGCCGGUUUCAAAGCCAGGUAUAUUCCACAACUUCUCAUUUUCUUAAGAUUACGGUGCAUCAUUCAAUAGCUAUCCUUGGAUUGAUGUCAUACGAUUCAUCUUGA